AAACACACUUAAAUGAAAAUUGGUAGCUAACUAUAUUUACUACAGUUUGGUCUUCUUCUAAAGUUUCAACUCCCAUUUUAUUGCCUGGUCCGUUGCCCCUUUCAAAGACUUUUCUCUUUCUCUCUUGAUUUAUGGCCAAACCCAGUGGACUCUCCAUUGAUUCAGAUCCCAAUAUUUAACUGUUCUUAAUUCCUUCCCCCCUACACACUUCCUCUUCAACAACAACAACGACAAUCCCAAGUACUGCACCACCAGAGCUUCGAUUCCCACGACUGUGUCCCUGCCCGCCAUGGAUGAUGCUUCCACACCAAACAGGUCUCCUCUACCACCCACCAUUCAGUUCCCUGUUAAUCCCAACUGUACCAACGAUGAAAUCCCCCGGAGGGUCAUCGGCGAAAUGGAUUUUUUCGCCGAAAAGAAUCAUAAACUCGUCGAUGAUCACGUUGACGAUUCCGAUCAUGCCAAUGCCACCGACAUCAAUGGCUCCAUCGAUCGAACUGCACUCGAGCUUAACGUUAACACUGGUUUGAAUUUGUUAACGACGAAUACCAGUAGCGAUCAAUCCUCAGUGGAUGAUGGUAUCUCUUCAAACAUGGAAGAUAAAAGAGCUAAAAAUGAGCUAGCGGUUUUACAAGUUGAGCUUGAACGGAUGAACACCGAGAAUCAACAGCUAAGGGAGAUGUUGAGCCAAGUUACAAGCAACUACAACACCGUGCAAAAACAUCUGGUCACCCUUAUGCAACAACAACAAGAUGGAAAACCUGAAAAAAACGAUGAACAAAAGAAAUCUAAUGGAGGACUAAUUGUGCCGAGACAAUUUAUGGAUCUCGGUAUAGCUGCUGCUGCUGCUGCGGAAGUCGAUACGGAUGAACCAUCGCUGUCUUCGACGGAAGGGAGGAGUCACGAUCUGUCCGGAUCGCCUAACGUGGAGGUAGCAUCCAAGGAAUUCAGAUCGAGGAAGCGUGGGAGUAGCGAAGAAGGCCGGGGAAUCGGAAGAGAAGAUAGCCCCGAUGGUAAUAAGGUUCCAAGGUUUAAUUCUUCGAAAACUGUUGAUCAAACUGAGGCUACCAUGAGGAAGGCACGGGUUUCUGUUCGAGCUAGAUCAGAGACUCCCAUGAUUACCGAUGGAUGCCAAUGGAGAAAGUAUGGGCAGAAAAUGGCCAAAGGAAAUCCAUGUCCCAGAGCAUAUUAUCGAUGUACCAUGGCCGCUGGUUGCCCUGUUAGAAAACAGGUACAAAGAUGUGCAGAAGAUCGAACGAUUCUCAUCACAACAUAUGAAGGCAACCACAACCAUCCUUUGCCUCCGGCAGCAAUGGCGAUGGCUUCGACGACAUCGUCGGCUGCACGAAUGUUGCUAUCCGGUUCGAUGUCGAGCGCGGAUGGACUAAUGAACUCGAAUUUCCUCACAAGAACACUCCUCCCAUGCUCUUCUAGCAUGGCCACCAUAUCAGCUUCCGCCCCAUUCCCAACCGUCACCUUAGACCUCACCCAGAUCCCGAAUCCCUUACAGAUCCCCAGAACCGAAGGACAAUUCCAGGUCCCAUUCCCGAACCCACCACCGCACAAUCUUCCUAAUUCCCAGCUCUCACCGUUGCCAUUGCUGCCUCAGAUAUUCGGUCAGGCACUUUACAACCAAUCCAAAUUCUCCGGUUUGCAAAUGUCUCACGAUAUCGAGCAACCUCAAAUGAGUCACCAACAUCAACAAGGGCAGCAAAAAUCACUUGCAGACACCGUGAACGCAGCCACUGCCGCCAUUGCUGCCGACCCUAACUUCACCGCUGCAUUGGCCGCCGCGAUCACUUCUAUUAUCGGGAGUUCUCACAACAACAACGUCGCUAAUAACAAUGGAGCAAACCUCACGUCUGCCACCAACAGCAAUGGCAAUGUCACUACUACUACCACCACCACUACUAGUAACAGCAACAGCAAUGGCAACAAUAAAAUCAGCAAUUCCAGUAAUUUUGCAGCAAAUUAGAAGAAAUUAAGAUCCCCUUCUAUUCUUUAUAGUUUUUUUUUAUUCUUUUGAGGAAGAAGGGUGUGCAGGUUUUUUUUUUUUUAACCUUUAAUAAAUUGUUCCAAAUUGCAUGUCAAAUUCUGAAUUGCAAAGUUAAAAAAAAUGGGGAAAAAAUUUAUUGAAUGUGUUCAAUUUUUUUUUUAUAAAUUUCACGUUGGGGAGUUACGUGCAAUGUUGGUAACGAAGGAAAGCAGUGAAGAAAAUGCGUGUAUAUUCCGAGAAAGUGUUUAUAUUAAAUAAAGGGCGGGGUUAGUUUGACUUGGAUACAUAAAUAAA